GCAAGUACAUCAGUAACUCUUAAUUUCUUGUAUAUAAAGGAACUACUUUAUUUUUAAUCACUAGCGAGAAAGUAUUUUUUGUAGCCAUCUAGUGGCAUAUUAAUGCAAUACUAAACAACUCGAGGCACGAUACGUGAUAAAGAUGAUGCAUAAACGAUUGACAGGAUGGCGAUAUGUAGUAUUCAUAGGAACGAUAACAGGAUACUUAGGAAUAUACUGUUAUUUUACAAUGAUAGAUCCUAUGCUUAAUCCAGAACCAUAUAAACAAUUUCGAGAACGUGUAGAAAUAGAAAAUCAAAACAAAGCAAAUAAAAAUAAAUAUUUAUAACGAAGUAUAUUUUGAAUGAAAAAAAAAAACAGAUUAGAGAGGACAUUUAUUAUAUAAAAUUAAUUUUUAUUAUGUAUUGUAGUUGAACAUAUGUCAUUAAGAUGUUGGUGUAUAUAAAAUAGGCUGAAAAACAUUUAGUAUGUUAAAAAAUCAAUAAAUGUAAUAGUUUGUACUCCUCUUAUAAUUAUUAAUAUAAUUGCGUUACUGUACAGACAUCUGCUGCAAGAAGUUUCUUAUUUGAAGUGACUAGAAACUCUCCUACAGACAUUUUAAAAAUAUAAUACACAGUUUGUGUUAAAAGUCGUCAUGAUCACAAACAUCUAGGAAGACAUCAAAUGCUUCACGGUUACAAUUUCCAUCAGUAGUGAAAACAUAUUUAUGAAAUGUUCCAUCCAUACAUAUAGCUAAAAAUAAUAUAAAAUUUAAAAGUACCUAUUACAUAUUUAAUAAAUGCUUAUGUCUAAAAUAA